GGCAAAGGGAGGCUGCCAACUUGAGGCAACAGCUACAAGGCUUACAAGAAUGCCACAGACAACUGAUGGGAGAAGAACUUUCUGGUUUAAGUGUCAAAGAGUUGCAGAAUCUGGAAAACCAACUAGAAAUGAGUUUGAAGGGUGUCCGGGUGAAAAAGGAACAAAUUUUAACUGAUGAGAUCAAAGAACUCAACCACAAGGGAAGUCUCAUUCAUCAAGAGAAUUUAGAACUCUAUAAGAAGGUUUAUGGAUCAAGAAAUGUAAAUGCAGCAAACAGGAUUUCCCAGCCUCCAUACACUAUCAGCAAUGGGUACGAAUCACACCCACCUCUCCGUCUCCAGUUAAGCCAGCCCCAGCCUCAAAAAAAUGAGACACCACCAAAAUCAAUGCAACUGGGACUGCAGCUGCAUUAACAAAAAUUUGACAACUGUGGAAGCACAUCACUCCUUACUCUAUCAAUAACUUGCCCCACAGUUCAAAAGUCAAGCUUGAUCAGUAAGCUUCUGUUACUAAAUACAAGUAAAAUUAAGCUGCAGGAUCAACAGAUUUAGUGUGCAAUAUUCUAUGAAACAAGCUCUAUUUAUUACUGUAGAACAAUCUGCC